AGGAAAACAUGGCGGAAAACAAAGGCGGCGGCGAGGCUGAGAGCGGUGGCGGGGGCAGCGGUAGCGCGCCGGUAACUGCCGGAGCCGCCGGGCCCGCGGCGUUGGAGGCGGAGCCGCCUCUCGCCGCGGUGCUUGUGGAGGAGGAGGAGGAGGAAGGCGGCAAGGCCGGCGCGGAGAGCGACGCUGCUGGGCCCGACAACGGGGGGGUGGCCGCGGCCUCCUCGGGCUCGGCCCCGACUGCCUCAGCCCCUGCGGCCUCAGGGGGCCCCGGAGUUCCCGGGGGAACGGGUUCGACGCCGGCCCCAGCUUCAGCCUCGGCUCCCGCUCCGGGUCCCUCGUCUGGGCCGCCGCCUGCACCGCCGGCUUCGCUCCUGGACACCUGCGCCGUGUGUCAGCAGAGCCUGCAGAGCCGGCGUGAGGCGGAGCCCAAGCUGCUGCCCUGUCUCCACUCCUUCUGCUUGCGUUGUCUGCCCGAGCCGGAGCGCCAGCUCAGCGUGCCCAUCCCGGGGGUCAGCAACGGCGACAUCCAGCAAGUUGGUGUAUUACGGUGCCCAGUAUGCCGCCAGGAAUGCAGACAGAUAGACCUUGUGGAUAAUUAUUUUGUGAAAGAUACGUCUGAAGCUCCUAGCAGUUCUGAUGAGAAAUCAGAACAGGUAUGUACUAGUUGUGAAGAUAAUGCUAGUGCAGUUGGCUUUUGUGUAGAAUGUGGAGAAUGGCUGUGUAAGACAUGUAUAGAAGCACAUCAAAGAGUAAAAUUCACUAAAGAUCACCUGAUCAGGAAAAAAGAAGAUGUCUCAGAGUCUGUUGGAGCAUCUGGUCAGCGCCCUGUUUUCUGUCCCGUACACAAACAAGAACAGUUGAAACUUUUCUGUGAAACUUGUGAUAGACUGACAUGUAGAGACUGCCAGCUAUUGGAACACAAAGAACAUAGGUAUCAGUUUUUGGAAGAAGCUUUUCAAAAUCAGAAAGGUGCAAUUGAGAAUCUACUGGCUAAGCUUCUUGAAAAGAAGAAUUAUGUUCAUUUUGCAGCUACUCAGGUGCAGAAUAGGAUAAAAGAAGUAAAUGAGACUAACAAACGAGUAGAACAGGAAAUUAAAGUGGCCAUUUUCACUCUUAUCAAUGAAAUUAAUAAGAAAGGAAAAUCUCUCUUACAGCAGCUAGAGAAUGUUACAAAAGAAAGACAGAUGAAGUUGAUACAGCAGCAGAAUGACAUCACAGGCCUCUCGCGGCAGGUGAAGCAUGUUAUGAACUUUACAAAUUGGGCAAUUGCGAGUGGAAGCAGCACGGCACUACUAUACAGCAAGCGACUGAUUACUUUUCAGUUGCGUCAUAUUUUGAAAGCACGAUGUGAUCCUGUACCUGCUGCAAAUGGAGCAAUACGUUUCCAUUGUGAUCCCACCUUCUGGGCAAAGAAUGUAGUCAAUUUAGGUAAUCUAGUAAUAGAGAGUAAACCAGCUCCUGGGUAUACUCCUAAUGUUGUAGUUGGACAAGUUCCUCCAGGGACAAACCAUAUUAGUAAAACCCCGGGACAGAUUAAUUUAGCACAGCUUCGACUCCAGCACAUGCAACAACAAGUGUAUGCACAGAAACAUCAACAGUUGCAACAGAUAAGGAUGCAGCAACCACCAGCACCUGUAUCAACAACUACCACAACAACACAGCAGCAUCCUAGACAGCAAGCAGCUCCUCAGAUGUUACAGCAACAGCCUCCAAGAUUGAUCAGUGUACAAACAAUGCAAAGAGGCAAUAUGAACUGUGGAGCUUUCCAAGCCCAUCAGAUGAGAAUGGCUCAGAAUGCUGCCCGAAUACCAGGGAUACCCAGACACAGUGGCCCUCAGUAUUCCAUGUUACAACCACACCUCCAAAGACAACACUCAAAUCCAGGGCAUGCUGGACCCUUUCCUGUGGUAUCAGUGCACAACACCACAAUCAACCCAACCAGCCCUACUAUAGCUACUAUGGCAAAUGCAAACCGAGGUCCCACCAGCCCAUCUGUUACAGCAAUAGAGCUUAUCCCCUCAGUUACCAAUCCAGAAAACCUUCCAUCACUGCCAGACAUUCCACCCAUACAGUUGGAAGAUGCUGGUUCAAGUAGUUUAGAUAAUCUACUAAGCAGAUAUAUCUCAGGCAGCCACUUACCCCCACAGCCUACAAGCACCAUGAAUCCCUCCCCAGGACCCUCUGCCCUGUCUCCUGGAUCAUCAGGUUUAUCUAAUUCUCACACACCUGUGAGACCUCCAAGUACCUCUAGUACUGGCAGUCGAGGCAGCUGUGGGUCAUCAGGGAGAACUGCUGAGAAGACCAGUCUUAGUUUCAAAUCUGAUCAAGUGAAGGUCAAGCAAGAACCUGGGACUGAGGACGAAAUAUGUAGCUUUUCAGGAGCUGUGAAACAAGAAAAGACUGAGGAUGGCAGGAGGAGUGCUUGCAUGUUGAGCAGUCCUGAGAGUAGCUUGACACCACCUCUCUCAACCAGCCUGCAUUUAGAGAGUGAGUUGGAUGCAUUAGCAAGCUUGGAAAACCAUGUGAAAACGGAACCCACAGAUAUGAAUGAAAGCUGCAAACAGUCAGGGCUUAGCACUCUUGUUAAUGGAAAAUCCCCAGCUCGAAGCCUCAUGCACAGGUCAGCAAGGAUUGGUGGAGAUGGCAACAACAAAGAUGAUGACCCAAAUGAAGACUGGUGUGCUGUCUGUCAAAAUGGAGGGGAUCUCUUGUGCUGUGAAAAAUGUCCAAAGGUCUUUCAUCUAACUUGUCAUGUUCCGACACUUCUUAGUUUUCCAAGUGGGGACUGGAUAUGCACAUUUUGCAGAGAUAUUGGAAAACCAGAAGUAGAAUAUGACUGUGAUAAUUUACAGCAUAGUAAGAAGGGGAAAACUGUGCAGGGUUUAAGCCCCGUGGACCAAAGGAAAUGUGAACGUCUUCUGCUUUACCUCUAUUGCCAUGAAUUAAGUAUUGAAUUCCAGGAACCAGUUCCUGCUUCGAUACCAAACUACUAUAAGAUUAUAAAGAAACCAAUGGAUUUAUCCACCGUGAAAAAGAAGCUUCAGAAAAAACAUUCCCAACACUACCAAAUUCCAGAUGACUUUGUGGCUGAUGUCCGUUUGAUCUUCAAGAACUGUGAAAGGUUUAACGAAAUGAUGAAAGUUGUUCAAGUUUAUGCAGAAACACAAGAAAUUAAUUUGAAGGCUGAUUCAGAAGUAGCUCAGGCAGGGAAAGCGGUUGCAUUGUACUUUGAAGAUAAACUCACAGAGAUCUACUCAGACAGGACCUUCGCACCUUUGCCAGAAUUUGAUCAGGAAGAGGAUGAUGGUGAGGUAACCGAGGACUCUGAUGAAGACUUUAUACAGCCUCGCAGAAAACGCCUAAAGUCAGACGAAAGACCAGUGCAUAUAAAGUAAAACGACGUGGACUUAAAAAUCACUUGUUUAAA